AUGAACGCUGACAAAGAGAUUAAAACCAAUUUGGAGCUAGUAGUGCGACUUUUCAUUACCUAUUUACUCAAAUCAUCCCUUUUGGAAAGCGAAAAUAAUAUUACGUACGCAGACACAUCGGAGAAGCAUAUUGAAUUAGAAGCCAAGUUUGACUCAGAAAUUGCGCAACUAGAGUUACAUUCGACUGGAAAUGAUUUCCAAGUAGUUUUCUCAGAGAUCUCAAAGGGCUUGAAAUGUCUGGUUAACAUAUGUGAUCAAAAGCAAUGCGUUAAACAAGCAAUCUUAGACUACAAAGAGGACCUGUUGCUCGGGAAAAAGCCGCUUGAGUUUCCAAUAUUCACAGACGAGGCUUCGCAAUUAUUCACGCCUAGUGUAUUUGCUGUUUUCCAGGAAAAGUUUUGUCUCAUUAAGAAGGAAAGAAAAUCCUCUGGGGGAUCGAUAAACAAAGAAGAGACUAUGGAGGCGCUGGAAAAGCUGAAAUUUGGAUCACGCUCACGAAGCUACAACGCUAGUAUUCCUAGCCGCCCUGCUGACAUGCCAAGUUUUGAUGAUGAAUACGAGGCCCAGACAAGUCGACAACCUAUUGGGGAACCUCACGGUCUCCCGGGUCUCGGAGUCCCCUCGCCUGCUGCUGGUUAUGGAGACAGUGACUUGUACCCCACAGGAGAAAAAUAUCCAGCGCUUCAGGGCCCCCAAACACACUUGCCAAAUUUCAGGAACCCACCUUCAAGAGGAGGUAUGAUAUUUAACCCUUUUCAGGGAGGAGGUCCUUCUUCCAAUCCUUUACAGGGCGGAGGAAAUACAUUUGGUACUAACAAAGAUUCGCCGCCAUUUCCAAGCGCUCGCUAUGACGAACCUUUUGGUCGCAUGUCUCAUCAAGGCGGUGGGGGCGGCUUCAUUUAA